AUGAGUACCACAUUCCUGCAGAGUUCCUGCUCCACCUUCGGGGGUGCCUGUAGCCGAGGGGGUACCCUCCGGGCUGGGGGAGGCGGCUUCGGUGGUGGCAGCGCCUAUGGGGGAGGUGGGAGCCGAAGCAUCUCAGCUUCGUCUUCUCGCUUUGUGUCCUCGGGGGCCGGUGGGGGCUACGGCGGUGGCGGCAUGAGCUGCAGCUUCGGAGGCGGGGCCAGCAGCGGCUUUGGGGGCGGCUUCGGAGGGGGCUUCGGUGGGGGUUUUGGCGGCGACUUCGGCGGCGGCGAUGGCGGCCUCCUCUCCGGGAACGAGAAGGUGACCAUGCAGAACCUCAACGACCGCCUGGCCUCCUACCUGGACAAGGUGCGCGCCCUGGAGGAGGCCAACACGGAGCUGGAGGUGAAGAUCCGCGACUGGUACUCAAAGCAGAGCCCCAGCAGCCCCGAGCGCGACUACAGCCCCUACUACAAGACCAUCGAGGAGCUGCGGGACAAGAUCCUGGCAGCCACUAUCGACAACUCUCGGGUCAUCCUGGAAAUUGACAACGCCCGGCUGGCGGCUGAUGACUUCAGGCUCAAGUAUGAGAACGAGCUGGCCCUGCGCCAGAGCGUGGAGGCCGACACUAACGGCCUGCGCCGGGUGCUGGACGAACUGACCCUGGCCAGGGCUGACCUGGAGAUGCAGAUCGAGGGCCUGAAUGAGGAGCUGGCCUACCUGAAGAAGAACCAUGAGGAGGAGAUGAAGGAGUUCAGCAGCCAGGUGGCCGGCCAGGUCAAUGUGGAGAUGGACGCAGCUCCGGGCGUGGACCUGACCCGCGUGCUGGCCGAGAUGAGGGAGCAGUAUGAGGCCAUCGCCGAGAAGAACCGUCGUGAUGCGGAGGCCUGGUUCUUCACCCAGACCGAGGAGCUGAACAAGGAGGUGGCCUCCAACACAGAGAUGAUCCAGAGCAGCAAGACGGAGAUCACGGAGCUCAGACGCACGCUCCAGGGCCUGGAGAUCGAGCUGCAGUCCCAGCUCAGCAUGAAAGCCGGCCUGGAGAGCUCGCUGGCCGAGACCGAGUGCCGCUACGCCACGCAGCUGCAGCAGAUCCAGGGGCUCAUCAGCAGCAUCGAGGCGCAGCUGAGCGAGCUCCGCAGCGAGAUGGAGUGUCAGAACCAGGAGUACAAGAUGCUGCUGGACAUCAAGUCACGGCUGGAGCAGGAGAUCGCCACCUACCGCAGCCUGCUGGAGGGCCAGGACUCCAGGAUGGCCGGCAUUGCUACCAGAGAAGCUUCCCUGGGAGGCGGUGGCGGCAAAGUCCGCAUCAACGUGGAGGAGUCUGUGGAUGGGAAGGUGGUAUCUUCCCGCAAGAGGGAAAUCUGAGUGUCCUGUCCAGGAGAGCCGUUGGUCUCCACCCCUGCUCCCUGCCCAGGCCCAGCUGAGGACUGGCCAUAGGGGCCGGGCAAGCCUGUUCUAACGCCUGCCUUCAGAACGCUCACCUCCAGGGCACCCCUGGGUUACUUGGGUACUUUGCAUGCUCCCCUCUGCUCCCUACUUUCUUGAGAGCAAGAAGCAGCAGGA